CGCAGACCGUAGAGAGAGAGUUUCCGUGAACUACGAGUGUUUGAUCCUUAAAGGUGAGUGCCGCGCAUCUUUCCAGGGCGGUUGGCUCUCGCUUUUGCGUCUAAAGAGGAAGAGGGACUAGUCCCUCGAGAUCUCGAUCGAUCAUCCACCGAGUUUCCUCUUUUUCUCUUUCACGUAAUAUAUCAAAGAAUACAGCAACAUCGGUCAACUGGGAUUUGUACAAGAAUCAAGCGCACGUGUUAGCUUCUUCACUUAUGGAUCCACGAAAGGAGUGUGAGUAAUCGACCGGUUCGACCUUGUUGGUGAUCUAAGAGCAUUCACCUUCUCUUCGUUCUUUGAUUUAUCAGAAAUCAACGAAAAAGAUGCGAGCCAUCCUGUUGAUGUCAUUAGUCACACUAGCCAGUAUUAAUGAAGUGGUUAGUGAGUAUUUGAUGGGUGGUCACCUGGACAACAAUGAUCCGAAAACGAAAACUCAGACGAACGAGCACGAGUACAUAUCUUUAGGAAGAUCGUCUCUACUGGACGCCCUUGACCUAGAUCUCGAUGCCGAAGAAAGCACCGUCGGUUCUUUCUCUUUAGCCAAGGACGAUGAAGGUCCACGAUAUGGGCCACCAUUUUCCUUCGCUUUCAAUGGUGGAAGACCUUUUUCCUUAGAAAAAGAUCCUAUUACUGGAAAAAUCGACUACGAGAAAGCACCAGCGGUGAGAAUCUUAAAUUACACUGAUCGUUACGAGGAAAGUGACGAUAAUGAUGAGGAUAAGGAAACAAGUGAAGAGGCACUGAAAGAGGAUGCUGAUUUGCACACGAAGGAAAUGAAGAAAAUUGAGAAUAAAGAUCCCGAAGAUGUUAGUCCGAAUGAGAUUAAUCCAAAUUCACCGAGUUUUCAUGACUUUCUCAAUCUUCCCGUUCGUUAUUCCUCCGAUAAGUACACCAAUGAUAAAUAUCCACUGAUCUCGAGUUCGUACGCGAACACGAAAGUUCAAAGUGGUUUGAAUAGUUAUAGCACAUAUAAUCAUAGGCCUUAUCAUAGAGAAACUACUUUAUAUUAUCCUGUUAAAAAAACACAUGUCCCAAAAAUAAGUACUUCAACAACAACAACAACAACGACGACGACUACCACCUCUACUACCACCAUGAAACCAACUACGUUACGUCCAUCAACGACGUCUACGACAGUACCAACAACUACUACCACAACAACAACGACUACUACGCCUUCGACAACAACGUCUACUACAACAAAAGCACCACCUGUUACCACUUGGAAACCAUCUAGCACAAGUACCGUACGAUAUACAGCAGAUAACAGUAAUAAUUAUGAAGAUAUUCUUUCUUCAUUUAACGUUCCUAUGAAGACAUUUCAAGAAACAAUAAACUUCGAUCAUCAAAGUCCAAACAAUCUUGCAGGAUCUUCUCACAGAGAACCUUCUGUGGUACAAUUACCACCGAAAAAAGAAGAGUAUGAUAUGUAUGAUGAUUAUGACAUGCACGAAGAAUCAAACGAAGAACAGGAUUAUUCGUUUGAUAAAGAAGUAUCUAAGGAACCAAUAAGUUCAACUACAAUGUCAGCUCCACCGAGUACAACACCAUCAACUAUUCAAUCAACCACUAAUACACCUGAAAGUACUACAAUGAGACCGACUAUAUCAUUUUCCACUCCUGUUCCAUCAUCACCAUCGAACAACAUCGUAUCUACCCAUCCAUUACAAUUCCAAGUUGUCCCACAUCCAGUAACUUCAAUGUCUAUCGAUUCCGAUGAUCGUGAAAUUCCAACCUUUGAGAAUGUUGUCGAUAAUCGAAGACCUGGAAUGUUUGAUGGUAUGAUUUCCAAUGUGGGAGGACAUCAGAUUAUUAAUCAACGACCACUUGGAAUGGGUGGACAAAUUCUUGUAGGAAGUACGAGUAACAUUGUUGUUCCACCAGAUCAGGAUACGGUGUCUUUUGUACUUGGAAAUAGGCAAAAUGUGGAGGGUGGAGGUUACUAUUCACCUGGUACAGCAAUUGGUGAGAAUCCUUACGGAGGUUUGACAGGGGCAGAAGCAUCGUUUAGACCAUUAUACGGUGAAGUGUCAACUGAUCAAGAUGGUUAUGAGCUUGAGACUGAUCCACAAAGAACUGUAGCUCUUCCAUCUGUAGCCGUUGAACCUAAUUUUGGAUAUAAUUCACAAAAACGGUGGCCAUCGAAUUCUGGACCACCUUUGAAAAAUAACAACGAAAUCGAGUCAUCAAAAGUACAACCCUCUAUCGUUCGAGGUACUGUUCUCAUGGAACAGAAAGAUGUUCGAAAUGAGGAAAAAGAUACUAAUCGCGUAGCUUUCCCUAAACCAGAGGAAGAAAAGCAUCCGGUUGAAGAACAUAUUGUCAUUAUUAAUGAAGCUGAUGGUACAGUUCAAGAAUUCCCACCUUCAACGACGAUAUUACCCUCAAAAAUUAACAAUAAGCCAGAUUCUGUUUCAACAAUAGACGAUCAUCUUCCUCAACUUUCUGAAAAUCUUACACCACCUGCCGAAAGACCAAGGCCACCUCCAUCUUAUUAUUUCCAUUAUCAGCAUGGUGGAACUAUAAGACCCGAAUACCCAAGACCACCUCAAAGACUUCCUUUACCUCCCGCACGUGGAAAACCAUUUCCUCCUCCUCCCCUUCCACCACCUGUACCUGACACCUUAGCAAUCCGAAGAAGACCAUAUCCUUCUGAUACAAAAUUACCUAACAUAUUGCCACAAUUUAGGCCAAAUGCUAAAGUCUCACAUGGUCAUCGUAAUACAGAAAACAUAGGUACAAUACCAGCACCGCAACCAUAUCUUAAUAGGGUUAGACAAACGCCUCACGUUCAUCCUCCAUCGAGAAGACCUUUACCACCUGCGCCAUCAUAUCUUCAAAGAUUGAAUCCACCCCCACCACCAAUUCAUACAAUCAGACUUGCUGGAUCAUCCUCUACAAUAGCAGAAAAUGUUGCCCCUGUUCAGGAAAGUGAGCCGCCAAUGGUCAAGAGAUUUCGUUAUCCGUCGGCAGUACAACCAACUUCCAGAGGAGAGAAUGACGAGAGUACAAAUCAGCCGAAUCGGUUGCCAGGUCAAAAGCAGAAAUUGCGAUUGGAGGAUGAGGAGACGUCCGAGCGGUAUUCAGAGGAACCGCCUCAAACGCCACCAAGGCCACCUUUGUUUCCGCGGCGUAGAACGGCAGAUCCACCACGGGUUACCACCUUACAAAUGAUCCAACAACGAGGAGAGCUCGAAGAAGACGAAGAGGCAACAGGUUUAGCAACUUCCAGUAAUAAUGAUCCAGAUCAAGAGGUUAAGAUUACGAUAGGUCAAGAAAUAGAACAUAGAAAAGAUGUUCGCGAUUCAGUAGCCGAGCCACCGGUUUACGUAGUAUACCCUGUGAAUACUGCGGUUAAUAUAGAUCCUGAUGAUUCUGGAGAUAAAGACGAGAGUGUGGUAGUGGGAACUAGAGGACCACAUCGUCCUCUUCCACCGGAAACUCUUCUUCGAGAUGAUAAGGAUAGAGAGAAGAUCAAUGAGGAGGAGUCGACAAUGGUCGAUCUUUACAACGGUCGUCCAGUAGGAGAUUUUUCCUAUUCUCUUGAUAGAGUAGAUCCUUCCAUAUACGCUGGACCCGUGAGAGAAACACCCAUACUUGUUCCGAGCGAUCAACGUCACGAGAAUCGCCCGUUGAACGAAAGAGACGAAGAAAAGGAGGAUAGUGAUCACGUAAACGUUAUACCUUAUUUGCAAGAUUUCGUACCGUUUUCGAGAAAAAAAAAUGAAGGUGUUAUCUCGGCAACUCUUCAUCGUAUGCCAAGCAGCAAUAAUCAUCCAUCGUCUACACCAAUAGCUUAUGUUUAUACACCUACGGCCGAAGCAUCUCAUCAUCGUCUAGAUGUCGACGUUAAAGAUGAUGGGUCGAAAAUGAAUAGAAACGAUCAACGACCAGUUCUCUUGCCCUCUCAGCAACCUUCCAGUUCUUCGAGUUCUGCCCCAUCUCCUCAAAAUUUCAUGGCACCGUUUGUAGCCAGUCUGAGAGCCGAAGCUCCGGCUAAAAAUGGUUGGAAUGUUGUUGUUAUAGAAUCUAAAGAUAAAACGACAUCUGACGAUGAAAAGACUGAUGAUGUUGUAGAUGCAGAUGAUGAUGAAUCGUCAAAAAAAAGCGAGUUCGAUCCUGAAAACUUCAAACCACAACUUUUCGGUGGAUUUAAACCAAUUUUUGAAUUUCCUAUAGAUAAUGACGAUAAUACAGAAAAACGUGAAAGUAAUAACAGUAAUUCUUCAAUAUCGAAGAAUAUACAGCAAGAGGCUGUUGAUUCUGCCGCUUGA